AUGCUCGCGAAAGCUGUCGAGUGCACACCGUUUUAAUAGCAUUUGAUGGAAUAUAGUCUAUGGUUUUUGUGGCGCACCUUUAUGAAGACUUUUUCUUAUUCAAUAUAUUGAAGUGUGUUGUGCUAAGUGCGGCAAGCUAAGCGCGCGAUCUCUUUUCGCUCUAUAAUUUUACGUUUAUUUCGUUGGAAAACAUUGUGAAAUCGCCAAUGGUAAUAUUUCGAAAUUUUUGAAACGAAUCAAGUGAACCUGUGUGUGCAUUGCAAGCAGAAAAAACCAACAUUGAUCGGUACGAAAUCGUUUCGACUGAAUUAGCGUGAAAAGUUUUAGUUUCAAUCUGAUGGUAACAAUAAAUUGAAAAUUAAGUGUUUCGGAUUGAGAAAGAAAUUAUUUUGUGUAUUUGUAUACAAACAGACACAUGAUCAUUACAUUCGGAUUAUAAACAAUCAUUAAUUGGAUAAAGAGGUUUUUGCAAGCGAAAACGUUUCUGAUAUUUUAGCCUUGGCCCAUUGGAAACUCUGCCACGCGAGAUGGUUUCGCGUCGAAAAAUAUUGUCUCGAUCUAGAGAUGAUCUAAAUCUAGAACAACAAUACCACCUUCAACAGCAAGAAGAUGAGGAGGAUAUAUGGUAUAUGAGAGAUAAGCUUUAUAAGGACCACAUACAGGAAGUGCUAGAUAAAUGGACUCAAAUCGAUGACGAAAUAUGGGCGAAGGUUAUUGUAUUUGAAAGAAAUCGUCGAGUGGCAAAAGCGUACGCUCGUGCACCAGUGUUAACAAUAAAUGGUUCAGAUGAUGGAUUUGAUGGAAUGAGAAUCGGGCUUAGCGGCUUUGACAAUCCCCUGAGAGAUCCAAAAACUGACGAACUUAAACGCCAUGUCGGACAAGGCGUGAAAAUAAAAAUGGACGACGCCGGAAAUAUUUUAAUUAGACGUUAUGCGAAAAGCAAUGUGUACAUAAAAAGCACUGCUAGUGGACCAAACGAGGAGACGGCUAUAGGAGCGGAGAUAUUAAAAUUACCAAAUAAUGCAUUAGAAAGUGAAAAAAUUGUUAAGGUUUUUGAUAUGAAAAAAUUCCAAUCGAAUGUAAAUCGUGAACUAAGACGUGCAUAUCCGGACCGACGUCGAUUAGAAACACAAUGCCUGUCAGCUGUGGCGUUUGUGAAAGCUGAAAAUGACAUCUUAGAUUGUCCAAUAUGGGUACUAAUUAUAAAUGUCGUUGCAAUGGAUAUGUUGAAGAGCAAAUUACCACCAGUUCAACGACCCUUAGACAUAAAAAAUAGACCCAGAAUUCCGAUUCCCGAUGAAGAUCCAUACAGUGUAGCUGGCAAUGGAGGUGGAAGUGGCGGAAGUGGAGGCAGUGGUGGAAGUUCAGGUAGCUCUGGUUUUGGAAAUGGAAAUGGUCAUGUUGCAGCAACAAGAGAUCAACUGCUACUUCAAACACAACAAUUAGCGCAAAGAAGAAGUGAAAAGCCGCCAAAAUUGCCACCAAGGGACAAUCAAUAUCCUCAAGAUAUUCCCAAGCCUGAUUAUGACGAUAUUCACGAUGAAGACACGAAAAUCAAAGCAUUUAAGGGAAAAUCAGACAAAGGAAAAGACUUGAACAAAAAAUACGAUGACCCUUAUUAUUGCGGACUGCGCGCUAGAGUACCGAACUUUGUGAAAACAUCAAAGGGUCGCGGCAAAGAUGCAACAAAACGUUUAUCGAUCGCUCAGCUACAUCAUCCCGCUUCACUAGCAUCGAUACAUCAACUGCACCACAAUCAUCCGGCGCACAUGUUGAGCCCGCACCAACAACAAAUGAUGUUUCACGCGCGCAGUUAUGAAAGUGGCAUUGAUUCAGAUAUGGUAGAUACAUCUCCAUACAACCACAUUUAUGGUCGCAUUCCACUGCCAACCAGGGGCUAUAUACCAGCUCCUCGGACAAUGUAUAUUGGGGAAUGGGAUUGAUGAGAUUUCGGUUUGUUUUGAAGGAAAAAUUAAUUUAUUAUUAAAAAAAAAAGGAAGAAAAAUUUGGAGGAACGUCUUAAUAGCUGUUUAGUGUACAUAACAUAUAAAACACAAAUUGGAGUCAAUAUCUGCUAUCCAAAAUGAAGGAAUCUUGUGUGUAAAUAAAUGAUAAUGUAAACUGCUAAGGAUAAAAAGGAAAACAUUUUUAAAUAAAUUUAUCUCGUUAAUUAAGCCAGGACUUUAGCAAUAUAUCUGUUAAUCUUAGACAAUUAAUUUUCCAAUUUUAGUUCUUUAAACACAACAAUUUGAUCCACGUAAUUUACAAUUAAAUUUUAAAAUUACAUAAGCUGUCGUUGUGGACGCCAAAAUUAAUUAAACGACCUUUUAACUGUAGAUAGGUUAGCACUUCAAAUUCAAUCAAACGAAAAUCAGAUUUUUGUUCACCAUUGUUAACCAUUAUAAUUAAGUCAAAAGUUCGUACGGUUUUAGUUAAUUGAUCAAAUAAAAGAUACAUCAAAAUGUGGGAGUGGGGUUAAGGAAGAUUAAAUGGAUAGAAAUUGCCAUAAUUGUGUUUUACGAAUGUGUACAUAUGUGAAGAUCGAUUCUGGAUGAAGGGUCCAGUUUGGAGGAUGAAUGCGAAUUCCUUUCUUUUAUUAUAUCGGAUGGUACUUUUAGUCUAUUAAUUUGGAAAUUAAUCUUAGUCUUCAUAUAAAUCGUCUAUCUCGUGACAAACCGGCGUAGACUUUUAAACACAAUGAAAUUUCAUUGUGUUUUCAGAAGAUACGCUGGUUCGUCACGUUAUAGACGACAUAGAUCGUUGAAUGUUUUCCAUUGCGUUUUUUUAAUCAAAAACGACUGGUAAAAUAUUUCGAACAUUUUUGAAUCGUUUUUUUAAUGUAUUUAGUGAAGCGCCGGAAUAAGUUCUUUAAAAAAAAACCGAGCUUCAAAGUUUCCAAUGUGAGAAAAUGUCACUGCCCACAGUAGUCAACAUAGGAGGGUCUAGAGUAUAAAAUUCAGCAUAAACUGCCGUAUUAUUGGAGUAUUAACAGUCAUAGGAAGAAAUAUAACCGUCGUCUCACAGUGAUUAGAUUACAAAUCGAUGGAAAAGAAAUCGUAAGAUCACACUGGGCCUAUUUGUGGCCUAACUGAUUGUCUACCUGAACGUCUUAGGCUAGGUGAUCGUUUUAAUAACAAUAAUAAUCCGGGCGAGGUUCACAUCAACGUAAAUUGUAACUCCCGUCAGAUCAAAUUUAUUUUGAUACGAUAAACGGAUUGAAAGUAUUCUACAGUGGUGAGUUAAACUGAGUACUGUGCCUGUCUUUGCUUAGAACUUAUGAUUAUGUUCACAUGAUAUGAAUGAUGAGUGAUGAGUCUUCCUUCAACCCUCUUUCACAUUCGUAUUAAAUGAAUCUUAAAUAAGUAAACGUUUUAGUUAAAUACGAAAAACAAGUGUAAAAUAUAUAAAAUGCUAACGAACCAUGCGUAAUACUCAAAAACAAUGUAACAAAAACACCGUUUAUCUCGAAUAUAUAUAUCUUCGGCACGACAUGUACAUUAUGUUUACCAAAUAAGUUUUAAGGAUUAAUAGUGUGUAUAUCAUCAUC